CUGCACUGUUUUGCAUGUCAUUUUUUUUCUUCUAAAUUGCUUGUGUUUAUGUUAGAAGGAAGACCGGAGACGAGGCAGUAACGGUUUUAACGGUCUUCACGUCUCCUAACGUUAAUCCGGAUGGACACCUAAUAAAUGAUGUGCCGUCGCUCGGGUUUCACCGCUGGAUUUUAGAGCUUCGGUCACUGCUGUGGAUGAACCGGAGCCGGUGGCGGUCAGCUGGACAUGGCCAGCUCACACCUGGCUGAUCUGUCCCAGGCCUGGGAGAACUACACGGACUGUCGUGCGCAGGGCGCAGAUCUGCAGCCUCUUGCUGUCCUUUGGGUCCCUCACCAUCAUCUUCUGCUCUGGUUCUGAUAGUGGGACCCUGAUUGUCUGGUCAGUCUUCAGUGUUUGGAGAGUUUUCUCUGCACGUUUCACUGUGUGCGACAACUCAGUGACCCGAGAGCAAAGGAUGCGCUCAAAUUCUGCUCGGACAUGAGUGGGGCCAGUAACACCCUGGCACGGGAGUUCCUGACCGAUGUGCACCAGCUGUGUAGUGCGGUGGUCCAGCGGGCCGAGGAUGAGGAGGAGAGUCACAUGGUGGCACUGGGAGAGUAUCUGGUGCGUGGACGUGGGUUCCUGCUCCUCAGCACCCUGGACUCUGUCAUUGACCAGGAGUUGACCUGUCGUGAAGAGCUGCUUACACUCUUGUUGUCCCUGCUACCUCUGGUCUGGAAGAUUCCUGUUCAGGAGGAAAAAGCCCCAGAUUUCAUCCUGCCUUCAUUACUAAAUGUGUUUCUAUGCCAAGAGAGAAGGACCAUCCCUCAAAAGGCGGGGCAAGAUAGCUGUGAUGUGCAGAGCUCUGGGAAGCGUUUAUCUGGCUCCUGGAAGUCACGUCGAUCACGAAGGACAGCUCAGCGAUACUCUGUGAGGGAUGCACGCAAAUCUCAGCUUUCCACAUCAGAUUCUGAAGCCAACUCGGAUGAUAAGACCACAAACACUGGGAGCAAACAUCGCAGAUUCCACAGCUCGGCCAUUCGUGUUAGUUGCCAGCUCCAUCAGUCCAACAAUCCAUCACAGCCAGCAUCGCAACAUCCCACUUUCGAUGCCAUGGGCACCAUUGAGCCUUCCCAACCUCACAUGAGACUGUUUGGAUCUCCAACUCUAGAUCCUAACAUGCUAACAGACCCCACUACUCUCUCCAUCUUCAACCGUAUGGAAAACUCACCUUUUGACCUUUGCCAUGUUCUACUUUCUCUUCUUGAAAAAGUCUGCAAAUUCGACAUGACCAUCAAUCAUAACCCAAGCUUGGCGGUCAGUGUUGUUCCCACCCUCACAGAGAUACUCACAGAAUUUGGUGACUGCUGUGGCCCUGGCGGUGGUGCUGGAGGUGGGAUCGAUGAGCUAGCUGGAGGCUGGACUGAGGAGCCAAUUGCACUUGUUCAAAGGAUGCUUCUACGCACAAUCCUGCACUUGAUGUUUGUAGAUGUGGGUCAAAAUGAGACACUGCCUGAUAAUCUGCGUCGAAGCUUGACUGACCUCCUCAGAGCAACUUUAAAGAUUCGUACCUGUUUAGAAAGGCAAGCUGACCCUUUUGCUCCAAGGCCAAAGAAGACUCUGCAGGAGAUUCAAGAAGAUUUUUCCUUUUCAAGGUACCGUCACCGGGCCUUGCUUCUGCCAGAACUCUUGGAGGGUGUCCUGCAACUACUACUAGGCUGCUUACAGGCCUCUGCUCCCAACCCUUUCUUUUUCAGUCAGUCUCUUGAGUUAGUUCAUGAAUUUGUCCAACACCGUGGCUUGGAGCUCUUUGAGGCAACAGCUCUGCGCCUUGAGGCAUUAGCAGAAGCUCGAGAUUCAGAAGUUGGCAAUGAGGCAUCAGAGCAUCUGCGUUGUCUAAUAGCUGAUGUACUUAAGAUAAUCAGUGCUGUUAAGAGGGCCAAGUCAGAGCAGCUACACCAGUCAGUUUGUGCACGUCGUCGACACCGUCGCUGUGAAUACACCCACUUUAUGCACCAUCACCGUGACCUCUCAGGACUGCCGGUAUCCGCUUUCAAGCAAGCAGCCCGACGUAAUCCUUUUGAGGAGAUAUCAGAGGGUCAAGAUGGAGAAGUGCGGUACCCUGAACGCUGUUGUUGCCUUGCAGCUUGUGCCCACCAAUGUUUGCGUCUUUUCCAGCGCCUGUCACCCUCAGGUCCUGCUGUUCUUCAGGUACUGGCUGGAGUGCAAGCUGUUGGAAUCUGUUGCUGCAUGGAUCCAAGGUCUGUAAUUGGACCAAUGCUCCAGGCAUUUCAGGCUCCAGGACUUCGGAGCUACCAGUCCCACGUGUUGAGUGUCCUUAGUAGACUAGUCUUAGAACAGCUUGGAGGUGGUCAACCUUCAGAAAAGGCCAAGCUUGCCUCCUGCAACAUUUGCACUUUGGAUAGUAGCCAGUUACCUGGCCUUGAAGAGACUCUGCAGGCUUAUGGACCUAAGAAAGAAUCAAACUUAUCCACGUCCCCGUCUCCCUCUUAUCGUUCCCAAGGUAUACUGCCCAGUGGAGGAACUGAAGACAUGCUAUGGAAAUGGGAUGCUUUAGAGGCCUAUCAAGAAAUUGUGUUUGGGGAAGACUGGCAUUUGAGUCAACAAAUUGCCGGUCAUGUAUGCCAGUUGACUUUACGAGGCAAUGUAGUAGUCCAGUGGCAACUCUACACUCAUAUUUUUAAUCCAGUUCUUCAGCGGGGUGUGGAACUAACCCAUCAUGCCCAGCAACUUGGUGUGUCAACUACGUGUAGCCAAGUCUGCAGUUACCAUACCAAUUGUCUCCCAGUUGAGGUACUUCUGGUUUAUCUUCAAACUCUGCCUGCUCUGCUGAAGUCAAGCCGGGUGGUUCGGGAAUUGUUCCUGAGUUGUAAUGGACUGAACCAAAUCACAGAGUUGAUCUACUUGGACUCCACUCGUCCGUGGGCACUGAAAGCAUUCGAGACACUUAUCUUAAAUGGGUGUUUCCAUCACACGGAAUCUGCUGUGCAUGAGCUGGAAAGAGCGGAUGGUACGGAGAGAGAAGCUGUUUUGGGGCUUGUAGAGGAACUGAGUUCACGUGGGGCUGGCGAAGGACCUCAGAGCCUCACUAAAUUUUAUGAAGGCCUGAAAGAGGCAUGCCCUCACCCAAAGGGCAAAAGUGCAUUUUCAGCAUUAGCACGUAACCGAGGUGAGGUGCAUUUGAAUACGAUCAAUCUUUUUCUGUGUGUAGCCUUCUUAUGUGUAAGCAAAGAGGCAGACUCUGACAGAGACUCUGCAAAUGACUCUGAAGACACCUCAGGCUAUGAUAGUACAGCUAGUGAACCAUUGGGUGGACGACUGCCCUGCCUUUCCCCAGACAGUGUGGCUCUUCCCUCUAAAGAACAGAUACGCAGAGCUGCCGAUGUUUGGUCAGUAUGCCGUUGGGUGUACAUGGCCAGUCCAGUAUUCCAGAGGCAGUUCUUUAGACUGGGAGGUCUAGACGUCUGUUUGCGUCUAAUGACAAUGGUGAUCCAGAAACUCACUUCUAAAAACAAAGAUUGUAAAUUUAAGAAAAAGAGAGAGAGUAAGGGCAAAAGCAGUCCAUCUCAUGUAGACACUCCAGCUCAAGCACAUGCAGGACAGUUUGACAAUAUAACGACAGCCGCUGGUACAGAGGAAUCCCACCAGCACGACACUUUCAGCCCCUCUCAAGUUGAGAGCAAGUCAAGUGACCCAACACACAGGCUUGAAGAGGAAUGGCCUCUCCAGAGCAUCCGACUGCUGGAGGCGCUUUUGGCAAUCUGCCUCCACAGUGCCAAUUCAGCUCUACAGAGACUUGAACCAGACCUAUCCUUUCAGCUGCAGUCUGUGGAGGAGACUCUGUGUGAGGUCCGGGAUCAGCUCUCUCGAUCUGGAGUUGUUAAUUCUGAACUAGCUGUUCCCCUGUUUGAUUCCUUACUCCGUGUGGCACUGGCGGAGAUGUUCUGCAGUCCAGAUGUCAUCGAGGAGAAACCUGACAAGAAGUGUCAGGUCAGCGGUGAGGUGGCACCUCCAGCAGGUGAUCUGUCAGAGGAGGUGGAUGAAGCUCAGGUGAGUGGUGCUCCACCCUUGGGAGAAGAGGAAGGCUAUGAGGCAGACAGUGAGAGUAACCCUGAGGACUCCACCCGUCAGGAGGAAGGGAUAAAGGUGGAGGCUAGAGUCUCGUCGGGGGAAUGUACGUUAGGAAUGGCAGGAGUGCCUCAGGGCUCGGGCAGCGGCCGUCUGCUGUUCCCGGAGAUCUGCUCGAUGGAGCUACAGCUGUUAGCCAGCGGCUCUCCGGACCUGGAGGUUUUGGGCCAUGUUUUGCAGAGUCUGUUAGGAGCCGUGAAAGGCCACCACAACAACGCAGCGCUGCUCUACCAGCAGGGUGGUGUGAAAGCUAUUCUCACUGGAUUUCAGAACAUUCUCAGCCAAUCAGAUGCCUCCUAUAAAGAAUGCCAGACAAUACUGAUGGAGCUGCUUGUUGCCAUGGUGAGUGACAGGAUGACAUCGGAGGAACUCGCCCUAUUGACACGCCUCUUCCUGGAGAAGACUCCGCCCACUGAGAUCUUGCUGAGAGGCUUGCUUCAGAUUGUGGAGGCUAAUGCAGACACAGAGCCGCUCUACUUCAUGUCCUUUCCCAUGAUCCCCGGUGCAGGGGUCCCUGGUUUGAGCUCCUCCCCUGGGAUGAGGGCUCAUGGGACGGCUGGUGGUAAGGGUGGAGUAAACACUCUUCUGAGGGGUAAAUUACCUCUGGGUCGUGGUGAAGCAGACCUGAGCAGACCCGGUCAUCUGCGCAGCUCUCCCUGGCAUACAGCACCCUUCCACCUGCCCCUGAUGGGACAGAACUGCUGGCCUCACAUGGCCAGUGGCUUCAGCGCCUCACUGUGGGUACGAGCGGGGAAGGAUGAGGACGGCCGUUACAAGAAGGAAGAGGCGGUGUCUCUGGCAGGGGAGGUCCUGCAUGCUCCCGCUCAUGUCUCAGAGCAGCAGACAGACAGAUGUCUCCUUCAUGUCCUCUCCAUGGGCUCUAAGGCACUGAUGCUUCAGGUGUGGAUGAACAUCUCCACCAGAGCCUUUACCUUCAGGAUCUGCAUCGACCCAAACGACGAGAUGAAGGCGGGUCUGCUGGCCCAGGCGGAGUCUGGAGACGGUGUGCUGACAGCAGGCAGGUGGCAGCACUUAGCUCUCACAUACUCACAGCAACCCGAGGGCAAGAAGAACAUCCACGGUCAGCUGACCCUCUGGGUGGGCGGCAUUCGGAAGUGUGACGUCUCGCUAGACUUCACUCUGCCCAGGAAGUCCAGUUUGUCAUCAGACAGUAAUAAGACCUACUGUAUGCUCGGACACUAUCAGCACCCCUCAGAGGAGCAGGCCAGCCCAAGUGCACGCUGGGAUAUGGGCACGCUGCUGCUCUUUAAUGGCUCCAGAAUUGACACAGCGGAGGCGUUUUACCUGUAUGCCAGCGGUCCUGACCUCACCUCCAUCAUGCCCUGCAAGUACGGCAAGCCUCACAGGACACUGUCCAAGUACGUGACACAGGAGGGUCUUCAGUGUGAGCAGAUACGAGAGCUCCUCAUGAGCAAUACAGACGUCGACAUCACACCUCUUAUUGAGAGUUUAGCAGUGGUGUAUGCCCCCAGCACGCCGUCUCUCUACACCAUAUAUGAGCCGGUGAUCCGUCUGAAGGGCCAGGCCAAGUCAGCGGUGGCUUCCCAGCGGCCCUUCAGUGCCAAAGAGGUCCAGAGCUGCAUCCUGGAGCAUCCUUUCCUCAGGAGCAUGAUGCCCUGCCAGGCUCUCGGCCUUCACAGCGUCCUGCACAAGAUCGGAGGCACCGGCACAUUUGUCUUCCUGUUCGCUCGGGCGGUGGAGUUGAGCGACUGUGAGAGAACUCAAGCUCAGGCGCUGGAGCUGCUGCUGUCUCUGGUUAAGAACAACCAGCACCGCACUCACGAGAUGGAGUGUUACCACGGCUAUUCCAUGAUUCACCAGGUUCUCAUCAAGCCCAAGUGCAUCGUGGGAUUCCACAUUCUCAAGACGCUGUUGGACGGCUGCUGCAGCGGCUCAAUCCUGACGAUCGGAGAAGACGGACAGUUUCAUCUGGAUGCUGAAUCCACUGUGGUGCUGCAAGAUCUCAGACUGCUGUCUGAAAUACUUCUGGACUGGAAGAUAUGGGCCAAAGCCCAGUGUGGCGUGUGGGAGACACUGCUGACUGCUUUAGAGAUCCUCAUCCGGGUGCAUCAUCCUCAGCAGAUGUUCAACAUUGGACAGCUCCUCAAGGCGCAGGUGGUUCAUCGCUUCCUGCUCGCCUGCCAGGUGCUUCAGGAGCAUCGAGACGAGUACCUGACCUCCAUCCCUCAGGAGGUCUGCCUCUCGUUUGUCAAAAUCAUCCAGGAGGUUUUGGGUUCUCCUCCGGACCUGGACCUGCUGCGGCUGGUCUAUAACUUCCUGUUGGCCGUUCACCCCCCCACCAACACUUACGUGUGCCACACACCCUCCAGCUUCUACUUCUCUCUGCACAUCGAUGGUAAGCUGUACCAGGAGAAGGUUCAGUCCAUGAUGUACCUGCGGCACUCCAGCAGUGGAGGGAAAUCAGCCUGCAGCUCUGUGCUUUCACUGUCUCCCUCCGUCUUCACAGAGACACCCGCCGAAGUGCGCCACACGUCCUCCCCUGAGCAUGGUGAUGAAGAUCUGUCACUGCGGCCCCCAAGCAUUGGCCCGUCUCCACACUCUUCUCCGGGCCUGCCACCCCGUAAGACCCAUGGGAGCGUGAUGGGGACCACAGAGCCUGAGGAGGGGACAUCCCGGAGUACCCAGCAGGCCCUGGGCAGCACAGAGACCCUGAAGCGGGUCGGAGACGAGCAGCUCCUCAGCAGCUGUGAGUCAGCAAAGACCAUAUGUGACUCUCAGAACAUGGGCGGUGAUGAGGAGAGCAGCGUCACGGGGAACCGAACGCCCUCCAUCAGUGUAGAGGAGGAGCAAGACGGCGCAGCGGGCAGCCCGGGGGACUCUGAGGACCAUUUAGAUUGGACCAGUGAGGAAGCGCCACGCAGACCGGACAGCCUGAAGGGAAUCCAGUCCUUCCAGAGGAGCCACAGUAACCUGGCCAGUCUGGGUUUGGCCUUUCCUGUACAGAACGGCUCUCUGACGAUCGCUCGCUGGCCCACCGUGGCUGACCGUGCCGCUCCACCGGACGACUGGGAAAGUUACACCUACUCUCCCGGGUAUGACAGACACAGCAAGGCGGACUCCGGUAACGACAGGUCCAGUGCUGAAGACUGUCUGGUUCUGAUCUGCUGCGGUCUGUACGAUCUGCUUAGAGGAGUACUGCUCCUGCUGCCAGACGUCCUGCUGGAGGAGGUGAUGGACAAACUCAUCCAGCCCGAGGCUCUUCUCGUCCUGGUCAACCACUCUUCUCCUCUCAUACAGCAGGGCGUCAUGAAGCUCCUGGACGCCUACUUUAGCCGCACACAGAAAGAGCAGAAGGAGAAGUUCCUGAAGAACCAUGGGUUUUCACUGCUGGCCAAUCAGCUGUUCCUGCACCAGGGUUCACAGGGUGUGCUGGAGUGUUUCCUAGAAAUGCUGUUCGGACGACCGGUCGGGAUCGAGGAAGAUCUGGAUCUGGAGGACAUGGAGAACAUCUCCCCGUUCAGGAAGCGCUGUAUCAUCCCUGUGCUGGGUCUGCUGGAGAACUCUCUGUAUGAGAACUCACUCGUGCACAACGGCCUGUGUCUGCUGCUGCAGCUGCUCAACGCCUGCCCGAAGCUGACCGACAUCCUGCUGGACCACGGCCUGCUCUACGUGCUCUUCAACACACUGUCCACCCUCAACGGCCUGGAGAACGGGAUUCCUCCGAACGACUACAAGCUGGUGGUGUGUGACAUUCAGCAGCUGCUGGUGGCCGUCACCAUCCACUCCUGCAGCUCCUCGGGAUCGCAGUACUUCCGCAUCAUUGAAGACCUGAUCACCCUGUUGGGCUACAUGCAGACCAGCAAAGUUCGGCACACACAGGAAAUGGCCACAGCUCUGCAGUUCCGCGUGAUCCAGGCAGCCAUCGAUUUCAUUAAGACCACGGCCAAUCAGGACCCUCAGAAAUCUAGCAGCUAUGUUCACGUGCCCGCUUCACCGCAUCAUGCUCUACAGCAGAAACGCAAGAGUAUCGCAGGUCGUAGGCAGUUCACGGUGCCCCGUUCAGACUCACUGCUGAUGAGAAUGCGCUCGGUGGCCAGCGAUGAACUUAACCAGAUGAUGCAGCGGAGGAUGAGUCAAGAAAACCCCAUCAGAGCCAGCGAGACGGAGCUGGUCCAGAGACUACAGAGACUCGUGGUUCUGGCGGUUAACAGACUCAUCUAUCAAGACAUCAGCCAGGAUUUCUUUGACUUCCUGAACUUCCCCGAGUCUCCUGAUCACUCGAUGUCGUCCAUGCUGUUACCUGGUGAGCAGACGACCGAUGAGAACGACUCCACACCGUCAACCCCGAUCCCACCGAGCAACAUGAAGAGCUUCCGCAAAGAUCUUCUCAAACUAAUGAUGGAGGGCAUAAGGAUCAGCUUGGGCAGCACGGGUCGUGGUGGAGCUCCUCGUCAGCAGUGGAGGCGAAUCCUCUGGUCCUGCCGCGACACGUUCAGGGUUCAGAUCGGCCGCAUGCUGGUGCACACGCUCAGCCCCGCAGUUCCUCUGGAGGACAGGAGGGAGGCGCUAGACUUCGUCCGCGAGCAGAGCUACUCGGAGAUCCUCAGAGAGAGCCUGAGUCCCGGCCUCGAGCAUGGGCCCAAGCUGGCUCUGUAUCUGUACGAGCUGUUGCACGAUCACAAAGACGCCCUGAGCAAAGAAGAGCAGGCGGCUGCCAACACCUUCAUGACGGCGCUGAAACUCUGUGGCCACCGCUGCAUCCCACCCAGCGCUCCCGCCAAACCAGACCUCCUCAAAGCCAUCAAAGAGGAGCAACUGAAAUACGAGUCAGAGGCAAGAACCAGCAAAGGAGCCUGGGAAAAGAAGCUGACCAACACGCAGAGGAGCUUGUUGCAGAGGCUGGACGGGAAGUCGAAGGACAUCUCGAAGAUCGCGGCUGACGUGACUCAGAACGUGUCUCUCAGGCAGGGCAUGGAGCGGAAGAAGGUCAUGCAGCACAUCAGAGGCCUGUACAAGACGGACCUGAGCGCCAGCCGCCACUGGCAGGAGCUCGUGCAGCAGCUCACUCACGACCGGGCGGUGUGGUACGAUCAGUCAUCUUACCCCACUUCCUGGCAGCUGGAUCCCACUGAGGGUCCCAACCGAGAGCGGAGACGCCUGCAGCGCUGCUACCUGACCAUCCCGAACAAAUAUCUGCUCAAAGACCGCCACAAACUAGACGAUGCCAUCAAGGCUCCUCUGUCCUUCCUGUUUGAAGACAAAACUCACUCCUCUUCAUCCAUAGUGAAGGAUAAAGCCACCAGCGAGCCCAUCAGGUUUACGAGGAAGUGUGUAAGUGUGGCUCCCUCUAGAGAGACGGCAGGAGAGCUGUUGCUGGGAAAGUCUGGGAUGUACUUUGUGGAGGAAAACGUUGCGGAGACACUCGAUGACCAAAGUCCUCACGGAGAGACGGAGCCGGCCUCCUUCUCCUGGACCUAUGAGGAGAUAAAGGAGGUCCACAAGCGCUGGUGGCAGCUCAGAGACAAUGCUAUGGAGAUCUUCCUCACCAACGGCAGGACGCUGCUGCUUGCGUUUGACACCACCAAGUUUCGUGAUGACGUCUACCACAACAUCCUGAGCUCAGAGCUGCCCAACCUGCUGGAGUACGGGAACAUCUCUGCCCUCACGCACCUGUGGAGCUCAGGACAGAUAACCAACUUCGAGUACCUCACCCACCUCAACAAGCACGCGGGCCGCUCCUUCAACGACCUCAUGCAGUAUCCCGUCUUCCCCUUCAUCCUGCGAGACUACACCAGUGAGACGCUGGACCUGCAGGACGCCUCCAUUUACAGGAACCUCAGCAAACCCAUCGCGGUGCAGUCUAAAGAGAAGGAAGACCGUUAUGUGGACAAUUACAGGUACCUGGAGGAGGAGUAUAAGAAAGGCAAGAGAGAGGACGACCCCAUGCCCCCCGUCCUGCCCUAUCACUACGGCUCUCACUACUCCAACAGCGGCACCGUCCUGCACUUCCUCGUCCGGCUGCCUCCCUUCACCAAGAUGUUUCUGGCCUAUCAAGACCAGAGCUUUGAUAUUCCUGACCGAACGUUCCACUCCAUGAACACCACGUGGCGUCUGUCGUCCUUCGAGUCCAUGACGGACGUCAAAGAGCUCAUCCCAGAGUUCUUCUACCUGCCCGAGUUUCUGGUCAACAGAGAAGGUUUUGACUUUGGCGUGCGGCAGAACAGCGAGCGGGUGAACCACGUGAAUCUGCCGCCGUGGGCCAGGAAUGACCCGCGCCUCUUCAUCCUCAUCCACAGACAGGCUCUGGAGUCCGAUCAAGUCUCACAGACGCUCUGUCAGUGGAUUGACCUGGUGUUUGGACUCAAGCAGAAGGGCAAAGCUGCGGUCCACGCCAUCAAUGUCUUUCAUCCUGCUACGUACUUUGGGAUGGACGUAUCUGCCGUUGAAGACCCCGUGCAGCGUCGGGCUCUAGAAACUAUGAUCAAGACGUACGGCCAAACACCCAGACAGCUGUUCAACACCUCACACAUCAGCCGAGCAGGAACCAAACUCCUGUCCGAGGCAGAGCUGCCGGCAGCCAUGGGCCUCCUGGUGCAGCUGGCCUUCAGAGAGAGCCGCGAGCCGCCCAAAGACACCGUCCACCCGAGUCCUCUGCCGUGGAUAAAGGGCUUGAAAUGGGGCGAGUAUGUGGGAUCCCCCAGUGCUCCGGACCCCGUGGUCUGUUUCAGUCAACCUCACGGAGAACACUUCGGCUCCCUGCUGGCGCUGCCCACGCGUGCCAUCUGCGGCCUCUCGCACAAGUUCUGCCUCAUGAUGAUCUACAGCAAAGAGCAAGGUGUAAGGAGCAUGCACAGCACUGACAUACAGUGGUCAGCUAUUCUGAGCUGGGGUUACACCGACAACAUGCUGCGUCUGAAGAGCAAACAGAGCGAGCCGCCCAUCAACUUCAUCCAGUGCUCACCGCUGCACCAGGUGAGUAGCUGUGCAUGGGUGCCGGACAGUUGUCAGCUGUUUACAGGCAGUAAGUGUGGAGUCAUUACCGCCUACAGCAACCGCUUCACCACCACGAUGCCGACAGAGAUGGAGGUGGAGACGCAGGUUCACCUGUACGGUCACACGGCGGAGGUCACGGGCCUGUUCGUCUGUAAACCCUACAGCAUCCUCAUCAGCGUCAGUCGAGACGGGACCUGCAUCCUGUGGGACCUCAACAGGUUGUGUUACGUGCAGAGUCUCACAGGUCAUAAGAGUCCAGUGAACGCAGUGUCCGCCAGUGAGACCACAGGAGACAUCGCCACAGUGUGCGACUCAGUGGGUGGAGGAAGUGAUCUGAGACUGUGGACGAUCAACGGAGAUCUGAUUGGUCACGUUCACUGUCGAGAGAUCAUCUGUUCGCUGGCGUUCUCCAAUCAGCCGGAGGGAGUGUCGGUCAACGUGAUCGCUGGCGGACUGGAGAACGGUGUGGUCAGGUUGUGGAGCACAUGGGACCUGAAGCCAGUCAGAGAGAUCACCUUCCCAAAAUCCAACAGGCCUAUCAUAAGUCUCACGUUCUCAUGUGACGGUCAUCAUCUCUACACGGCCAACAGCGAGGGCACGGUGAUCGCAUGGUGCCGUCGAGACCAGCAGCGCUUUAAGUUGCCCAUGUUUUACUCGUUCCUCAGCAGCUACGCUGCAGGCUGACCCUGCGUCACGCCACUCGUCCCCCAAACCAGACGGACGCUGAGAGCGACCCCGCCGACCCAGGAAGAGGAGGAGCCAGCAUGCACAAAGCCCCGCCCACGAUCAUCACUAUAGGAAUGGAUGGCACUUGUUCCAUAAAGAGCAGGGGCUCGUGAGGCAGAGCGAUCGCAGGCCUUUCCUCGCAUCAUGUCUCCUCAUCUGUUUUGACUGAUUCGUGUAGUAUUUGUGUUGUUUGAUUCUGAAAGCUGCUGCAAUCUGGUCUGCCCAGACCGAACGUUUGAAGGCCUUUCCUACUUUUUGUCCCUCAUCUCGUACACCCAUCACUAUCCUGAGAAUAGAAAUCCUGCUUUCCGAUCCAAACCAGACUGCAGUCAUCUGAACACUCUCGUCCGCCUGAAACUGCAUCAUGAUCCACGCGGCAGCUUUUAAACAGACGCAGCGGCGUAAUGAAUGUGUGCACGCAAUGCCUUCUUAAACUUCAUCCCUCAUCAACAGACCGCUGAAAUAUUUAUUCUCAAACAAGGAUGAAAGCCACAAUCUCAACGUCUGCUUGUUCUUUAUUAGAAAAUGCACUCGGGAGCAUCCUAUGAAUGUCAUAGUGCUAAUAUUUAUCCUCUGCUUUUCCACCUGACUAUGUUUGACCACAUCCAGUUUCUAAUAGUUCAUUAAAAACAUGUUCUGCUUUCUGAUUUUCUGUUCUAGUUUUAUGUGUUGCAUGUUAUGAUCACUAUUUAACAUCGGCGAUACAGUAUAAGGUUUAGUCCGAUCUACCUCUAGGCCCCUCUUACAAAUAAAAUGAGAAAUACUUCUGGUAACAAUAAAAACACCAUGCAAAAUUAAUUUAAUUUGAGUCCACCAUCUAAACAUGAUCCAGAAUGUUGUUUGUCUUUGUUUCCUAUUCUGUAUUUCCUGUUAGCAUGAGUCUUACAUUACAACUAAUUUAAUGAUCUUGGCUUAGAUUUGAGUGUUUAGUAGAAAGGGAAUGCUUUCACCUUUUCCCCCAUGACUACUUUGUUUUUCAUUAUUAUCAGUAAUAAAUACCAUAUGUAUCAUUUAACCCUCAAAGGAAGUUACUCCAGAAAGAGUCGACUAGUUCGGGAGAAUCUGUCAUGUGUUCGGUUCGUUUUUGUGAAUGUGUUUUCCAUGCAUGCAUCACAUUUCUCUCUUAAUUCUGGUGCACAGUAUUGUCAUGUUUGCGUUCCCUCAGAAAGAGACUGAUGUUACUGUCAUCGUGUGAGUUAUUGGCUGAGUUUGACGUAACUAUCACGAAAAGGCUUAUUGUUGUCGUUCUGUUGAAUUAACAGUGUUUUGUGUAAUUUAAGAUUGAUAUGUUCACCAAGGCUUGGAUGGGACAUUUAUUUCCAUUUUUUGUAUUUAUGAAAUGUAAUAAAAUGUCAUCUAUAUAUAAUAUAAAUAUAAUUAUUCAAGAAA